CGCAUCAUCGGUUGAUGUAGCAACUGAGCUGUAGGUGUUCUCUUGUCUUGGUCUUUUGAUAAAAGUUUUUUGAGAAACGAUUUAAACCUUAAUAUGAGUCAUAAUCACAUGCAUGGUAAUAAUAUGCAUUCUGGAAUGAACAUGUCUACAACGCCGCCGAUGACUCAUGGAGAUCAUGGCGGGCACGGAGGCACUGUCCACCAUAUGAUGCAGAUGUAUUUUGUUGUAAGCAAGAGUGCAACUAUAUUGUUUGAAGACUGGAAAGUAGAUACAGCAACAGAAAUGGUUUUCUCCUGCCUCGGUAUAUUUGUUCUUGCUGCACUCUAUGAAGGAUUAAAAGUUCUUCGUGAAGUGUUAAAGAGGAAAUAUAGCUAUGUGGUUAGUGUGGAUUUGGCAGAGACCAAGGUGUAUGGUACAGGACCUACUCAAACAACUGUUGUGACUGAAUCAAAGGGAAAGAUUCCAAGGUCCAGAAUCUGUAAUUGGCAUCAUAUACUUCAAACAUUCCUUCAUGUUGUCCAAGUCACCUUGAGCUAUUUCCUCAUGUUGAUCUUCAUGACAUACAAUGUCUGGCUGUGUCUGGCUGUUGCUCUGGGAGCUGGCUUUGGUUAUUUUGCAUUUGGAUGGAAGCUGAACAAAGUGGUCGAUAUCUAUGAACACUGUCACUGAUCAGUAACAUUCUCUUACCAUAAAUUUUUUUGUUUGGAGGAGAGCACCAAUAUUGAUAGUUGGUAUCUUUUUUUAAUUUCAGUUUUGUCAAGUGGGUUAGUUAGCAUACAUAUUUUUUAUUUAAUUGAACUGUAAGUUAAUUCCACUAUGCACACAGUCUGCUUUACAUUUUUAAUUCAGACUGAACAGGCACAUUAGCAUUCAAGAAGUGCUCAGAAGAAAAUUCAUACACAGUUCCUUUAGAACAUCUCCUAAACUUUUUCUACACAACCACAGGGAUUUGUUUGGAUAUGAUAAUGACUGAUAUGAAGAACAUGUCCACUGAAAAAUACUGAAAAAUAGAUAGGAAAAAAAAGAGGGUUACAGAAAAUAUCCUGAGGUAUCUCAUGUUUUUUUGCAAAAUCCAGUUGAUCAUAUCAAUGGAUUCAUUAAUUAAUAUGUCUCAGGAAGAUUGAUAGCACCAUUCACAUAAAAAGUAUAGCAAACUUUUAGAUGCGAACCAAAAUUUAAGUAGUUUGUGAUACAGGCAACAUUGUUCCCAUUCUAUUUUCUAACUGAUUAGCUUUUUAUUUUCUUUUUGUUUUCGUUUUUGGUGGGUGGGGGGGGUGUGGAAUAUUUGUAAGGACCAGUUUUAACAGUGUGGUUGUAGAAAGGUGUUGCAACUUUCCAUUUAUGAAGAUCUUGGAAUGAGUAGUUUGAAGUAACUUUUAUCAAAGCAAAUUACUUGCAAAGAAUCACUGAUCAAAGUUUAUUAGAUUUUCCAAACUGGUGAAUGUAUGGUUAAAAAUAUUUUUAUGGGUAAACAGACAAUAAGGAUAUUUUUGUUUUCAUUAUGAUAUUUCUAGGAUUAUAUAUUCUCUGCUAUAAAUUAGAUAGACAACUUUUAUGGGCAUUUGAUAUCUUUUAAGUUAAUUUUGAUUAUAGUUGUGGGUACUAAGUGCAGUGCAGUGCAGUGCAGUGCAUGUGUCUAAGUAGCUUUGAAGACCUGUGCAAUGUGCAGUAACAAAAGAGAAAGGUGAUAUGAGAAGAUGUGGAAUAAAAGAGGGAAUGGGAUCUAGAUGAAAGAUCAUGGAAAGUGCCCAUGUCCUUCUUCCUCAUUUUUCACUUUGUCACACUGAUUGCCCACCUUGUCUCCAUGUUUCUGUUCUCUAUGCAUGGUGUAGACUAAGACUUGUGCAACUCAGCAUGAUUUGAUGGAAGUUUUUUUUGUUCUGUAUUUUGCUAGCAUGAGGUGAGAUUUGUUAUUUAUAUGUUUGCAUCAGUCUGUUGGUUUUUUGUUGUUUUUGGAUGCUGUAAUAGGCUAUUAUAUACUUUUUGCUACAAACUUUUAGAUUGAUGUGGUCAUUAUGUGACUAAUCAGUUCACAGGAAAUUUAUGUCACACAAUCAUAGCAAAAAGGGUAUAUAGAGGUGAUGAUAAUUUUGCAAAAAUAUAUUUAAUUUUGCACAGUCUUUUUUUAUUGCAUCAGGUGAUGUUGUAUUCUAAGGGGAUAGGGAAUGAGGGAAAAGGUUGUUUACAAUUCUUUUUUUUUUUUUUUAACAUAGUCGUCAACUUCCUCAUAUGAAAGCCAGUGGGUUACAGUUUCAAGAGCCAGAGAUAAA